CAACAAUUUCCUCCGAAUUGACCCAACCGAGGCUCAUACGAUUUACUCGCUACAAUGACGAUCGUACAUAUGGUCCUGUUCAAGUUCCGUCCAGAGGUGACGCAGGAGCAUAAAGAUACCUUUGUCCGCGAACUCAAGAAACUCAAGGACCUCGACUGUGUCAAGGGCCACCGGCUGGUGGUUGGCGGGCCAUCAAUUACUGAUCCGAUCGAGAGAAGCAAAGGGUUUGAGAUCGCGCUGUUGAGCUUCCAUGAGAACCGGGAAGCUUUGGAAGCAUAUCAGGCCAGCAAGGAGCAUCAUUGGGUUACCAGCACAUAUAUGUUCCCCUACAAGGAGGACCUCAUCCGGUUUGACUUUGAAGUGGCGCCGGAGGACGAGUACAUGUGGAAUUUCUUGCCAAUUGAUGGCCUUACACAAGGGCUAGCAAAGGAAUAAAGCUUAUCUACUUUUGAAGUCGCGGUUAGCUUUAUUACAAAGACUCGAAACGUAGCGUCUUGUCUGAUUAUGUAGUGGUGUCGGGGUCUCUAGGACAACUGACAGAGAGGAAGG